AUGCCUAUCGGCCAGCAAGAUUCCGGCGCCACGGCGGGCGCGAAGUUUGUCACCUCUACGGUCGGUAACACUCUCGGUGGCGUUACCAACACAGUUGGUGGAGUAGUUGGUGCUCUUGGACGAGGUGUCGGAGAGACACUUGAGGGCGCAACUGGCAGUGCUGGACGUCCUAUUGCCAAUGGAUUGAAAGAUGCAACAAACGGAAUCGAGAAGGGGGCGAAUGAUGUGGCUGGAGGAGUGAAGAGAGCUGGGGAGUGGAAGUCUUGA